GCUGCCGGCUGGCUGCUGCACUGUGCUCGUCCUAUGCUGGAGUCAGUAGUGGUCUGGAUCGCGGACUGCAGCAGACGGAUAUCUCUGCCAGGUAUCUCACAUAUGUUGCUGCUCCAACUCCUGCCACAUGCUCUAAGGGACAUUUACAGCUGAAGGGUUGUCUAUAGAAGCCACACUGGACCUUAAUGAACAAACACACGAAAAAUACAAAGAUUAACCCCAAAAAGCAUUAAAGCAACAACUGUGACUAGCCAUGAGCUGUUUGGAUGUAAUGUACCAAGUGUAUGGUCCUCCUCAGUCUUACUUUGCAGCAGCGUAUAGUCCUUACCACCAGAAACUAGCCUUUUACUCGAAGAUGCAGGAAGCCCCAGAGAGUGCCAGUAGCAGCAGCGCCAGCAGUGCCAGUUCCUUCUCCAGCCAUGCACCAGCCAGCAUUAAGGAAGAGGACUGCAGCCCGGAGAAAGAAAGACCCCCAGAAGCAGAAUACAUAAACUCCAGAUGUGUCCUCUUCACUUAUUUCCAGGGAGAUAUAAGCUCGGUGGUGGAUGAGCACUUCAGCAGAGCACUCAGCCUGCCCAGCAGUUAUUCCCCCAGCAGUGCCAGUGCCAAGACGCCACGGAGCGCCAGCUCAUGGAGAGACCCUUCUUUUCCAAUGAGUCAAAGAAGCUUUCCUCCGUCCUUCUGGAACAGCAGCUUCCAGCCGUCUGCAAUCACAGCUCCUUCAUCACUGGGCAGCAGCCUUGGAAAUCCUCUAAGUGGUCCGCACACAGAAAUCUCCCUUGGAGCAGAUCACUAUUCCCCAGCUUCUCUUCAUAGCCAUCUACAUCAGGGUCCACCCGAGCCCUGGCAUCAUGCACACCACCAUCACCACCAUCACCCAUACUCCAUUGGGGGAGCUAUAAACAGUCAGGGAUCAAGUUACCCCCGGCCUGGCAUGCAUGAAGUUUAUAGUACUCACUUUGAUCCUCGUUAUAGCUCAUUAAUUGUCCCAGCAUCAGUCCGACCCCACAGGAUCACCCCUGCUGGAACAUCGGCAGCUGCAGCACAAUGUGACCUGGGCAAAGGAGAACCAUCUGCCUCUGCAUGGACAACUCCAGGUCCAUAUCCUGGUCCAGCAGGAGACAUGGGACAAAGCCUUAGCCUUAAUGUUGAUGCAGGUUUACAGCCUCAGGAUAAAAGCAAGGAUCUGUACUGGUUUUAAAACCUGUUGCCUCUGUAGAUCCUCUCUACCUUGUAGAAUUGGUGGCAUUCUGAGCUUUGGUUUGGUGGUAACAGACUUGUGAUCUUGGUUUGCAGCUCGACGCUACACCUUCUGUGGAGGACCUCUCCUGAGCUGAUCUUCUUAAAGACUCAAACUAUUUGCCCCAAGGCCCAGAACACAUGUUCCAGCACUAAGACUGCAGAGGAUGGGAACAGGACUCCUUACCACAGGCAAAGCCGGAGGAGACACACUCAUUCCUCCUUGCUCAAAGACUCCUAUUUUUAUUUAAAAUAUAUUCAACAAAGUAAUUGGUGCCACCAAAAAUAGAUAUACAUAUAUAAUUAUAUAUUAAUAUAAAUUCACUCGCUUUCUUAUGAGGGGAGUAAAAAAAAUAAAAAGACUAUUUUUGUUGUGAAUAUUUUUUAUGCCUUGUGAAAAUGUACUUUCCGAACCAAGCUGCCUGAUGAACACAAGUCCAAUGUAUUUGUAUUAUUCUUAUUGUGAUUACAUAAACAAAGCACACACAACACUAUAUACACUCAGACUAUGGAAACAAAUGAAAGGACUAAAGGUCGGUGGACUAAAAGCCUGUAUGUGGACAUACAAUCCAGUCAGUUGUGAGUGGCAAGAAUCUAUCUAGGGCCACCUGCCCCAAGCUUAUAGAAAUGCAGCUGUUAGCUGGACAACUGUUCAGACUCCAGAAAUAUGACAAGCAAGGUGGCAUUUCUCAGGGUUUAGCCCAACAAUCGCAUUUGAUUUUUUUUUUACAAGAGAAUUUUAUGAUGAAAGAAGAAACGCUUUAGAAAACUGACAGCCUUGUACAUGGAUAGAACAACUGCAGCAGAGUGAAAGGUGAUACUCUGCAGAAACACAUUUCAGUGUGGACAAUCGAUCUCUUCAGUGUGUGUAUAUGUUGCUGUCAUCUUGUCACUUUAAUUUGUUUGGGAAACUGUGAGAGAUGUAUUUAAUUGUAAGGAUUCUGCAUUAAAAUAGUAUCUUCCUGCCCUUA